CUUGGCUUGUUGUUUCCUAUCCGCCAUUUUCCAGUCGCCAUUGAAAGGUGAAAACUCCACUAAAUGUCGGUGAUGAUUUUAAGAUUUUGAGUGGUUUCUUUAACAUUGGAACUGUUUUAAGUGUUGUGUAUUGAAAAUGAAGUGCCCAGGACUACCAUGACGCAUCAAAAUCACCAAACAAACGGUGCCAGUCUCGAGGAUUGCCACACAAACUUCUUUGCCUUGACCGAGCUUUACGGCAUAAAAUGGCGUAAGCUCGUGUGGGGCGAGACGCCGAGCGGCGGCGGCAGCGGCGGCGGCGACGGCGACGGCGCGGCGCCGCUGGGCGACCCGGUGAUCAGCAGCUACGCGCGCUGCCUGGCCGGCGACAUCCUGUGCGUGUGGCGGCGCGUGCCGGCGCCACAGCCGCAGGACAACAUCUACGACAUCCCGGCGCCCGCGCCGCCGCCGCCGCUGUCGCUCCGUGCUGCGAAGGAGCUCUGGAUCUUCUGGUACGGCGAGGAGCCCGACCUCAACGGCCUCGUCGCGCCGGAGCUCAUCGCCAGCCAAGGAGAGCAGGGAUCUUGGGAGAGUGGCCUGUCCUACGAGUGCCGUUCGCUGCUCUUCAAGGCUCUACAUAAUCUUAUUGAAAGAUGCCUGUUGUCCCGCGACUUCGUGCGUCUCGGCAAGUGGUUCGUGCAGCCCUACGAUGGCGACGAGGACGAUGUCGGCAAAAGCCCGUGGCACCUGUCCUUCUCGUUCGCGUUCUUCCUGCACGGCGAGAGCACGGUGUGCGCGUCGGUGGACGUGCGCCAGCACCCCGCCGUGCGCACCCUGUGCGCGCGCCGCCUGCAGCGCGCGCAGAAGCACCACCAGGCUAAAGUGAUCCUGGCGCCGUUCGGCCUCGAGGGCGUGGUGACGGGGCGCGAGUUCAGCGACAGCGACCCGGCCAGCGCGCGCCUGCUGGACGCCUGGCGACAGAUGUACCCGCUGGAGCAGGGCGCUGGGGCUGUCGAGGUGAUCUGCGGCGGCGUGUCUAUGCGCUACCCGGCGCCGUACGUGCUGGUGACGGAGCUGGAGGCCGAGCCGGACCCCGCGCCCGCCCCCGCCCGCGCGCCCCCCGCCGCCGCCCUCGCCGCGCGCGCGCUGCGGGCCCUCGCGCAGCCGCAGCACCAGACGGCAGAGAUAUGCAACGGUGACGUGUCGUCGGACAAGUGUGAAGACUUCGUGGACCCCACGCGCAAGACAUCCUGUACCUGUGCCAAGUGGCGCCGCCGCCGCCCGCAGCGCCUGCCGCCCUUCCACCGCCGCCAGCGCGCCCGCCCGCCGCCCGCCCACCACACGUUGCCGACGGGUGGCGCGACGGCGUGCUCGCCCGGCAGCUGCGGCGGGGGCUCGCCGGCCGCGCCCGCCUCCGCGCCGCCGUCGCCGCAGCCGCAGACCACGCUCGUGCAGCAUCAGCUACACAGCAGCGCGCAGCUGCCGACCACGCUGCACACGCCGGCGCCCACGCCGGACCCGCUGGCGCCGCCCACGCCCGCGCCGCCCUCCGCGCCGCCCGCCAAGCUGUUUAGCCAAGGCGACUCCCCCCCCAGCGGCGCGGCGGCGUCGCUCCCGCGCGAGCCGGCGAGCAGCGAGCUGCUGAAGCGGCCCGUGCUGCCGCCGGCCGAGCCCGCGCCCGACCCGCUCGAGGACGAGCACUCGCUGCACAUGCUGUACGACUACACCACCGUGCACGCCUGGCUGGAGCAUCCCGUCAAGCGGUUCAAGACGGAGGAGCCAUGUUUCAAAGAAGAGAUGGCGCUGGGUGCGGGGUCAACGGCCGACCUGUAUGAAGGCCAUGACCACACCAAGAUGGCCGCCACAAGACUCAACCACGACAUCAAGCAGGAGAAAGAACAGGAGGACGUUAAAGAGUACAAGAAUCUGUUUACCAUCAACGGCCUGUGCCCCACGCUAAAGGACCUCGACCAGAUAUUUGACAACUCGGACGACGCCAGCGGCGAUGAGUCGGUAAGACUUCUGCAAGUCCAAACGCCGCCGGACUCCAACAAGUCCACAGACGACAGUCGCUGCGUGGCCGGCGGGCGCUCAGUACGUGCCGAGGAGCUGAGCAAGAUGUUCCCGACGCCGCCGAGCAUGGAGCCCCACGCGCAGCCCAGCCCCGGGUUCACGCUGACGGACGACUGCUCGCACACGCCGCCGCCUGAUCCUAUUGAGGACUGGUCGUACGUGUUCAAGCCGCCCACCGUGUGCAAGUACGUGGGCUCGUCCAAGUACGCGCCGCUGACGUCGCUGCCGUCGCAGUGCGCGGGCGCCGUGACGCUGCCGUCGCACGCCGUGUACCGCCCGCGCUGGCAGCGCAGCGAGCGCGAGCCGCCGCCCGCCGCCGCCACCACCGCAGGCUCCAAGCGUCCAGCAUCACCCCCCGCGCCCGCGCCGCGCUCCGUGGCCCCCCUCUCCGCUCCCGGCUCGGCGCGCCCCUCCCCGCGCCCCGCGUCGCCCGCCCCCGCCGCGCCCGCGCCCGCCUGCCCACUGCUACUCAAUGUGUUGUUGGCAGACACGGUGCUCAACAUCUUCAGGGACCACAACUUCGACAGUUGCACGCUGUGUGUGUGCAAUGCUGGGCCUAAGGUGGUAGGUAAUAUCCGUGGCGCGGACGCGGCGACGUACCUGUUCGGGUCGAUGACCCCGGGCGAGUCGCCCCCCGCGUCCCCCGCCGCCCCGCACGACGACGACCCCGGCCGAUGUACCUGCGGCUUCAGUGCGAUAGUCAACAGGAGACUGUCGCAUCGCGCCGGACUGUUCUAUGAGGACGAGAUGGAGAUCACUGGCUUGGCGGAGGAGCCGGCGUCGUGGUCGCGCUCGCGGCUCGCGGACGUGGCGCCGCAGGUGCUGGCGGCGUGCUGCGGCGUGAGCUCGUGCGCCGCCGCGCUGCCCCGCGCUGCUCGGGCAGCCCGCGCCGCGCCGCGCUGCUCCCGCCCUCUCAACCACCGAGAAUACCUAGACGGCGGCGCGGCGGCGAGCCUGGCGCUGCGUGCCGCCAGCGCGGGGGCGCGCGCGGGGGCGGGGGCGGGGGCCGUGCACCGCUGGCCGUUCAUCUCCGCGCGCGGCCCGAGGUCGUCCCGGGAUGUCGUCAGAUUGAUGCGUCGCCUACGGCCGCUGCUGCAGGACGCGAUCCAGAAGCGGUGCUGCGGCGCGCGCAUGUGGGACGGCGUGACGGGCCCGCUGACGUGGCGGCAGUUCCACCGGCUGGCGGGCCGCGGCAACGAGGACCUGUGCGAGCCGCAGCCCGUGCCGCCGCUGCUCGUGGGCCACGACCGCGACUGGAUCUCCCUCUCCCCGUACGCCAUCCGCCACUGGGAGCGCCUCUCCCUCGAGCCCUACGCCUUCGCGCGCGACGUGGCCUACGUGGUGCUCGCGCCCGACGGCGACGCGCUCACCGAGCCGCUGCGCACGUUCUUCCGCGAGCUGUCCACGUCGUACGAGUCGUGCCGGCUCGGGCGCCACCAGCCCGUGACGCGCGUGGCCCGGGACGGCAUCGUGCGCGCCGCGCCCGGCCCCGGCCCGGACGACGCCGCCGCCGACGUGCCGCCCGGCCGCCUCAACGACUACCUGCGCGCCUACCGCGAGGCGCUGCGGGCCACGCUCGUGCCGCAGCUCGCGGACCUGGCGCUGGACCGCUCGCUGUUCCAGCACGACGUGAACCGCACCACCAUCGCCACCAUGGAGCGGCCGUCGCCGUCGCCCAUGAGGCCGCCGUCCACGCCGGACCACCCGGCCACGCCCGGCGAGCCGGAGCCCGAGCCGGCGGCGGGGGGCGCGGGGGCGGGCGCGGCGGGGGGCGCGGCGGGCGAGGAGGAGGAGGGCGGCGCGCCCGCGCUGGUGGUGUACGUGGUGGAGCCGCCGGGCGCGCACCGCCACCGCGCCGCCGCGCUGCACGCGCUGCUGCGCCUCGCCGCCUCCCUCGCCGACCGCCUACACCACCACAACCCGCUCGUCAAGAUAAUCUCGCUCGAAGGCGUGUGCGAGACGUGGGGCGUGGGCGGCGGCGCGCGCUCGGAGCUUCGCUCGCUCUCGUUCUCCGUAUUCACUGGGGCAAGGAGACUGCUCACGCACACCAACAACGGCAAGUCGCUCACCGGCUUCGGGACUGCGGCUAAUGCCAACCUGUUUCUGAGUAAUAAGGAUGAAAAGAACCGUCUCCCGUACAAGCUCUUCUCCCCGCUGUGGGUGUUAGCGCCACCCAGAGCCACUAAGGACAUGGCGGACAGCUGGGGGCAGGCGGGCGACGCGGGCGCGGUGUUGUUCCUGUCGUACUGCCUGUCUCACGACCAGCGCUGGCUGUUGGCGGCUGCUACUGAUGCGAGGGGCGAGCUGAGGGAUACCACGGCUAUUGAUGUGCACGUCCCACACAGAUCGCGACGGAGACGCGCGGCGCCGGCGCGGCGGCUCGGGCUCACGAAGCUGAUGGACUUCACGCUGGGCGUGAUGAGCCAGUCCGCGCAGCCGUGGCGCCUCGUCGUCGGCAGGGUCGGCCGGAUCGGACAUGGGGAACUAAAAGGCUGGAGCUGGCUCCUGUCUCGCAAGAACCUGGUCCGCGCGUCCAACGUGCUCCGCGAGAUAUGCGGCUCGUGCUCCGUGCUGUACCCGGGCGGGGUGCCGUGCAUCCUGUCCGCGUGCCUCGUGUCCACCGAGCCCGACUCGUGCCUGCGCCUCAUGGCCGACAGAUUCACCCCGGACGAGCGGUUCUCGCAGGCGUCGAUACAGUCGCACCUGCACACGCCGCGCGACGUCACCGCCACGCACAUACUCGUGUUCCCCACCUCCGCUACUACUCAGUCGAACCAGAUGCCGUUCGAGCAGCCGCUAGCGAACGGCGACGAGGACCUCGGCUUCCUCGGCGUGGACGUGAUGGGCGAGGAGAUGGGCGAGGACAACAUGAACAUGUCGGAGCUGUUCAUCAACAACAUGUUCGACAUGUUCGGCGUGGCCGCCACCUCGCCAAGGAACAGUCCGAGGAGAGAAGAUGAAGCGGCGAGUGAGGGCAGCCCGCAGCGGCAGCCGCAGCACGGGAACGCCAGAUAUGAGCCGGAUGAGCAGGCUGCGGAAGCGGUCGGCACCGUCCUCCAGCAACCUCUAGCCCUGGGCUACCUAGUCUCCACAGCUCCACUGGGCGCCAUGCCGCCCUGGUGGUGGGCGGGCUGCGCGCACCUGCAGGACUCGUGUCCGGCGUUCCUCAAGAACGCACUGCAUCUGCACGCCGGCACGCUGCAGUCCGCCGACGACUUCACCUCGCUCACGCAGCGCCAGCACCACACGCAUCCGCUGGAUAGCCAGCUCACUACCGAUGUGCUUAGGUACGUGCUAGAAGGCUACAACGCGCUGUCUUGGCUGGCGCUGGACGACAGCACGCACGACCGGCUCUCGUGCCUGCCCAUCCACGUGCAGGUGCUCAUGCAGCUCUACCACACCACCGCCGCGCUGGGGUAGACCAACAGUGUCACUACCACCGGGCUAGAGUAGACCCAACCACCGUGUAACCACCUGUACCGCCGCGGAGCUCGACUAAUGUAGUCAACAAUGUGCAAGAAAACUCCGGGUCGAUCCAUCAACAGUUUUAACAUCUGCAAGAAGCAACGAGUGCAAGAUGCAUGACCAGUGUAAUGUGAUUUGUGAAGUGUUUGAAGAUAGUUGCAGUGUUAUACCUGUUAUAUGAUGAUGUAAUUACUGUAUGUAUGGAUGAUUAACAGUAACAGAUCAUCAUCCACAUCAAUAAGACUACCUAUUAACUUUCUAUAUGUACUCUAAAGUUGACUGAUCAGCACAACAGCCGUUAGUUAGUUAAAUUAUUUAGUUGAAGAUCUGAGGAGUGAAUUAAGAGAUAAUGCAAUUUUGCAUUCACUCCUCAUGCUGAGGCAGGCGCUUUCCGAGUUAUGGCAACUGAACAGAGAGGAAAUCAUAAAUUCAAGUAAAAACUCAAACAUUAACUUAUUAUAUACUUAACUACUCAACAGAACCGAUUAAGACAGUGUAUUUUAACUUUUGUAACUAUUUAUUACCUAGUAAUACAUAGCUCGGAAAAGCCGAGAAUUGGUAUCAAGAAUUGUAUUUAGAUAAAUUUACAAAAUAAGAUAGACAAAAUUAGUGUUCGAUUUGGAAAUUGAUGAAGAGUCAGAAAAACCUGAAUAGUUAAAUCAAAUCCGUUAAAGGCUUGCAUAGAGUGAGGUGGACUAAGAAGUAAAACACAAAGAGAUAUCGAUAGGACAUAAGUUAAAGCUAGCGCCGAGAAAUAGAAUAAUAAUGUAAAUAAUUUUUAAUCAGAAGUUUUUGUAGUGACGCAAUUGAUCUUAUGGAAUUACUUACAUCCCAAUAGAUAGUUGUUACGUUUGUAUGGAAAACAGAUACAAAUUAAUUUCUUCCAUAAAGUAAAUACUUAAGAGACAACUACACAUCAUGCGAUGUGAAGUUGCUGUCACAUAACCGUAUUCUUCCGGAUAUCCAGCUCCCAAUGCCCGUAGUUCAAUCUUCCAUCCUAUCUCAUAAUCCCUGGUAAAUGAACCUCAUUUUUCGUAGAACUGUGUAGCGUAUUACUUGUGCCUGCAAUAUCCCUCUCUUCGCAUUAAUUUUCAUAUUGCAAUAACGUAUAGAUUUUCUUCUAUACAAGUCUAAUUAAGGCUUAGAUGCGAAUUUGUAUUUAGAUACUGAAGUAAUGUAAAAAUAUGUUUAUAAAAUUAAUCCACAGAAAGUGUGUGACAUUUUCUAUUGACCAAAUCAUUAUUAUUUUAACAUUUUGACUAAAUCAAAUACUUACAGUAAUACAAUUUGGAUUAUAAUUAUGUGUAGUCAGUGUUCAUUGCGUCUUUUGUUAUAACCACGUUAUACAAUAAAAUGUCACAAUUAUUACAACUGUAAUUAUGUAAUUACAUUGUUAUCGUAUAUGUAAUAUAUUUAUAUUUUGCGUUACUUUAUUUUAUAAAACCGGUAUGGAUUACCAAAGGAGUUAGCUAUGCGUAAUAUUUUAGUGAUAUUCUUACCAUCUUUUGUAUUUAUUUAUUUAGACAGUUUCAUAACAGGGUUUUUAUUUUCAUUUACUCAUUAGUUAGAAGUAUACAAAAUGAAGUGUUUUUUUUCUAUCACAAUCAUGUUCUCAACACUUUUUAGAGUUAUCACUUAUCUUUUAAAACUUUAAUCACAUCAAUCAUAAAUUAACAUGGAAAAUAUUAUUUUUAUAUAUGCUUUUUUACAUUACAUAAAUACAAUUAUUUUAUACUAAUUUCAUUUUUGAAAUCGUGUCAUUUUACAAUAAACUUACGGCUAGUUGUAAUUGUUUAGAUAAAUAAAAUACCUAAUAAUAGAUUGUUGCAAGAGGCGUUGAUCAUAGUAUUGAAGUGACUCGGUGUCGGGGGAACAAGCCUACUAUUGUGUUAGACGUUAGACGAUGUGCCGGCUAAUUUAGCGAUAUUUCUAGCCAAAGAUUCCCAAUGUGCCCACUGAUAUCAACACAAUUAUCAGAAAAAAACACAUAACGGUCGACUCAUCUCUAACUUUGGAAGUAAUGUUUGAUGGUAGUGGAAUUUGUAAUGAAGUAUCGAUAUAUUUGGGUAAUACUUAUCUAUCAAACAGUUACUUCUAUAGCGGAAUAGUCUGGCUGGAUCACAGUUCAAAUGCAGCUCAUAAAUAAAUUGUCCUGUUAUGAUUAAGAUCAAAGACCUCAACAGCUCAAUAAUAAACAAUUAAAAAACACCAAUAGAAAUUUAUUAAGUAACUAGAGUAUGGAGCCCCGGCUCACGGUAGUAUUUGUAUAAUUUUAAAUGUUGUCAUUUUGCAACAAACCAAACUAACAGCAUAGGAAACGUCGAAUCUCUGGGAAAGUUUUGGUAGAUAUAUAAAAUUUUCUAUUUUAAUAUAUAAUGUUAGUAAAUUAUAAGCUGUGAGGAUCCUGUACAUAAUAUGUGAGAUUAAACCUCGAGCGCUAUUAUUACCAUAAAUAUGUUCUGUGUCUUACUCCAACUGUAAAAACAUAUAUUUCCAAAGCAUUAAUUUUGUUUCUGUUGAACAAACCCGUCAAGGGGAGUGAAGCCUUGAAACCAAUAUACUUAAUUUUUGUUAUUUAGUGAUUAUUUGUUUUGGUGUAUGUUGGCGGCGUGUACAGACGGAGGGCAAGGGGCCCGCGAUAUGCCUAGUUGAAAAUGAAAUGUUUUAAAUGUGUUACAGCAUUUGAGAAUAUUUAAUGAUGUUGUAUAUAGUUUAUAUUUGUUUUGUAAAACGAUAUUUUGUACAUAGAUUUGACGUAGUUUCGAAUACCGUUAAUUUUUUGCCCACUUUGCCAAUGUAUCACGGAGCACGUUUUAUACAAAACCACUUGUAUUGUACAGUUGUUAAGAGAUUGUAGUUGAAUCAUUUUAUUUUUAGGCUUUCGUUUUUGACUCUUUUGUUAUUGUGAAUUUGUCAAUUUUUUUAGGGAAUUCGGGAACGUCAUGUUGUAAAUAGCUCACCAUUUUGUCAUUUGUUUGUAAGCCGUCAGACCUGAUGAUUGGUAUGGAAAUAAAAUUUUCUAAAUGGAGCAAUCAUUAGAACUUCGUAAAACAAAAUUAGUGUAAUACUUGAUAUUAUAACUUUAUAAAUAACUGUGAAAAAUAGGUAAUAAUAAUUAUGAAUAAAAUAUUACAUAUUUAA